UCAACCGCGACCCACAUCGCCGCCUCUAACUACCAACCUUUAUUACGAGUCGCAAAAGAAACAUUUGGAGGAACCUGUAUAAAAUUGCUGAGGAGGUGAUUCAGAUUCGUUUAAGGGUUUAAAUUAGCCAAAACCCGCAAUGAUUGGGCAUUUAAGGAGAAUAGGAGUGUGCCGGGUGCAAACCUUGCUAAAUUCUAGCUACAAAACGACAAUGGAAGUUCAAAUACUAACAUCUAAGACACACUCUGCUGCUAAUGCUGCUUCGCCUUUGUCACAGGCAGUUUACCAUGAUGGAAAAUCAGAGCAGAAUCUGAGGCGAAACCAAAUUGGUGACAAUGUCUCCAAGAAGGACAAGAUCAAAUUUCUCAUUACCACACUUUUAGAUCUAAAUGACAGCAAGGAUGCUGUGUAUGGUGCUCUUGAUGCCUGGGUUGCAUGGGAGCAAAAGUUUCCUAUUGCGUCAAUUAAGCAAGUAUUGAUUGCUCUUGAGAAGGAACAACAGUGGCACAGAAUUGUUCAGGUUAUUAAAUGGAUGCUAAGCAAGGGGCAGGGAACCACAAUGGCAACUUAUGCACAGUUAAUACGAGCAUUAGAUAUGGACCACAGAGCAAAAGAAGCACAUGAGUUUUGGUUGAAGAAAAUUGGUAGAGAUCUUCAUUCCGUGCCAUGGAAGCUAUGUAAUAGCAUGAUAUCUAUAUACUACAGAAACAACAUGCUAGAGAAUCUUAUAAAGCUUUUCAAGGGGUGUGAAGCUUUUGAUCGUAAACCUCCAGAAAAAUCAAUUGUGCAAAAAGUAGCAGAUGCAUAUGAGAUGCUAGGCUUACUUGAAGAAAAGGGAAGGUUACUAGAGAAGUACAAUCAUCUCUUCAUUGAUACAGGGAAAGGAUGGAACAAGAAUUUUAGGGUUGUCUCUUCCAAAAAAAAUAACAAAUCAGGGAAGGCAAAAAAUUGAAUAUGCUUCAGAUAUGCUUGCUGAUGCUGUGGAUGGAAAACAGUAACUCCAAGAUUGUCAGAACAUCGCCGAUAAAUUUCCUCUUGCUUGAAUUUUUGGAAUUGCUCCAUUUUCUUUGGAGAAACCUUUGCUGAGUUGAUUUGGCCACAGUAAGUCUGUUGAAUGCUUUGCUGCACCGCUGGGAAUUAGAGAUUAUGGUUUAAAGGAGGAUAAGGAUAAAGACUAUUUUAUUUUGUUCACUCACCUAGGAGAAUUAUACGAAUAUUUUCCAGUUUUUAUUUAUUUAUUCUCUCUUUUGUCCGAGGCAGAGCUAGAUGGCGUAAAUUAAUAAUCAUAUCAUAAAGAACUGAAUCUUCUUUAGUAUGUAUAUUUUUUUCAAUUAAAAAGCGUAUGAUGUUAAGAAUUUACAUUUUAGAUA